CUGAGUGUGACAGAGGCCUGCAGGCGCAGAUGGAGGAGCCACCGUCAGAUUCGGCGCAGAUGAAUGGCCCAGCGCCCGUCGAAAAAGUCCUCGAAGAACAAACGGCCACACAACGUUGAUCACAUGACGCAUGUGCUGAUUGUUCCCUGGUGCAGAAGGACGAGGGCCAGCUGGGAGCCACCAUCGUAACCGGCGGAACAGUAUUCCGGUAGGCAGGCAGGCAUUGAAUGCGCCACAAAGCGCCGCCUCUCGGACAGACAGACAGACAGAUAGACCGACGACCUCCCAGCCAGUCAGAUUCAAUACGUCUGUCUGUGUAUCUCUGCAUACAUAUGUGUGUCAUGUGUGUCUGAGAUUGUGGGCCCCUUAUGCUGAGAAGGUGUGGGUGGUGCUCAAGGGUCAGGACAAAGCCGAGAUGAAGAAAGAGGGAGACAACAACCUCUGGUCCGUCAAGGUGGAUGGCGUCGGUGCAGGCGCCGUCUACUCGUUUGAGAUUCAGGUAUGGAUGUAUGUUUCUAUAGUACUGGCUACACACACGGCCAUCUGCUCUGCCAUGGCCGGCCUCUCAUGACGUGGAUGGAUGGCUGGGUGUGUCGUGCAGCCCUUCUGGAACGAUUGCUUCCACACCGAGGGCAAAGUUCUGUCCCGAAGAGAUCCAUACGCACGGCAAACAGACUUCGACAGCAAUGACUGGUACGGUACCCACAGGCACCCACACCACGGAAACACAGACAGACAGACAGACAGUCAGACAGACAACAAAAGAACAACAGCUCCCUCCCACACUCUGCUCUGCAAGGCACUCACUCACUAUGUAUAUGUGUGUGCGCGUACAUGUGUGUGUAUGUUGUGUGUGCAGUGUGGUUGUCGACCCAUCGUAUUAUGAGUGGGCGCCAUUCUCAGCGCCAGGGUGGUCUGAGCUCAUCAUCUACGAGCUGCACUGCGGCACCUUCACGGGGAGGAACGACGGACUGGACCCCAACAACGCAUUCAAACACAUGAUAUCGAAACUCGACUACAUCAAAGACCUCGUGGGCGGGCAACACACAUACAUACAUUGCGUGGAUGUCGAUGCCUGGCCUUUGCUCUGUGCGUGCGUGGGUGUGUGUGGGUGUGGGUGUGGGUGUGGGUGUGUGUGGGUGUGUGCAGGGCUUCAACUGCAUCGAGAUGAUGCCUGUGCAUGAGUUUGGCGGCCAGUGGGGGUACAACCCACGGCUGCUCUGCAGUGUGCACGGCAAAUUCGGCACCAGUACCGAGCUCCGGGACCUUGUCAACGAGGCACACAAGAAGGGCAUCGCAGUACGUGUGCAUGCAUCCACACACGCACGAGGGAGGACCAACAGGCAGAGAGAGCACCACUGGCUGGCACACUAGGGAGGGAGUGAGUGAGUGAGUGAGUGACGGAUGCGUCUGUCUGCAUCUCUGUUUGGUUGAAGGUCAUCUUUGACGUCGUGUUGAACCAUGGGUCGGCGAAGCUCAACAGCCUGUGGAAUCACGACGGGUACGGCAAAGACAAACAGGUACGCACACGCACGAUACAGCCUGACUGACGCACAAAACCACGAUGACCAAGGACAUAAGGGAACCAACCAGAACAUCCAUCCACCCACUUAUCCAUCUAUCUAUCUGUGUGUGCGCUUCAAGGGUGGCAUUUACUUCGAGGGCGGCGAGGACACCCCUUGGGGAAAGAAGGUGAGAGAGACCUAAGGGCAGGAACGCCCAGGGCGGCAACAUAUGUAUGUAUGUAUGUAUGUGUGUAUGUGUGUGGUCAAUCAAGUUCGCUUUUCACAAGCGGGAGGUGCGCGAAAUGAUCAAGGCAUCAGCCAGAAUGUUCAUAGAAGAGUACAAGUGAGUGAGGGGGAGGGAGUGAGUGCACCCGACAGACACGUCGAGUGCAUCUAUGGCUGUCUGUGUUGUCUUUGCCUGCUUCCCUCCCUUGUCUGUCUUGUUUCACUGCAGUGGCGAUGGUUUGCGCUUCGACAGCGUGCACAACAUGCCGGUAGGCUCUGUGUCUGACAUCCACGUUCACUCACUCACUCAUACCUUGACCUUGAUGCCUGCUUUCUUGUGCCGCAUAUAUCCCACGGGACGGCCGGCCGCAAAGUGGGACCUGUUGCAGGUUUGACCACGCCCAUGCGGGCAUUGAUUGACUCGCACCGGGCACUAACUAGAUGUGUUUGUCUGCCAUCUAUGUGUCGCGAAGGAGAUUACCGGCGACAUGCGGCACCGGUACCCAAACAAGAUCAAAAUUGCGUGAGCAUCAUCUAGCUACCGCACACGCACACGCACUCAGAGCUUCCGUCCCUGCGCCCAUGUCAAUCAAUCGAUGUGCCGACUGUGUACGGUGCAGUGAGGUGAAUCUGUGAGUGCAGUGAGAAUGUGACUGAGGGUAUGACUCGGUCUCUGGUUUGUGAAUCAUUCCAAGGUCACUCCGGAGCAUCCAUCCAUCCUCCACUCGGCAGGAAAGGCUCAGCUCAACCUGGCACACACGCACACAAGCUGUUGGUCCAGGCAUCCAUCCAUCUGUCUGUCUUUUCUGUCAUCACAACAGGUUUCGAUUGUUGCUGGAUCCACGCGACCUACUACGACACAGUCAAGAUCAUGCGCGACGAGGAGCGCGAACACCACAUCGGCAAGAUGAUGGUAUGUAUGUGUCAACAAAUAAAUGCCUGCACGUCUUAAGAGGUGUGCGUAUGUGGACGUACACAUGGCCUGCCUUUCCGUCUGGCAUUCGUGUCCUCAGGCCAUGAUCAAUGGGCACGGGUGGGUGGGUGAUGUAUGUGGGGAUUUGUCCAUAACUUACUGCAAUAAUACCAGCCUCAUGCCAUCACUGUUGGAUGUGUCUUGUCUGUCUGUCUUGUCCUAUGGUGGUCAGCGGCUUCAAGACGUCGCAUGAGAGCUGCAACUCUAUUCUCGGCAGCCAUGAUCAGAAUGGCAGCAAGAAGGGGGGUCAGUCAGAUGGGCGGGUGGGACGCUACUUCGUGGAUCUCUUUGGAGGCCGCAACAACUGGUCUGCAUGCUCAUGCUAGAGGCGUGACGAAACUUUGCUGUGUUGGUCUCUCUGUUCUUCAGGCACGCUCGGGCCAAGUGCCGAAUGUGGUAAGACACACACACGCACCUGCACACACUGGUCAAGCAACUCGCUCAUUGUAUGUGACAAUAUGUGUGGGGUGGCAGGUACGGGCUUCAGGCAUUCAGCAGAGGCCUUCCGAUGAUCUUCAUGGGCACCGAGACGCAUCAGGGUGGAUGGUGGGAUGCCAAUCCGUCCCAGGCAUUCGACUGGGGCUUGCUGGAGGACCCCAUGGCCAAACAGAUGAAUGCACUGGUGAGAGGGAGGGAGGGAGGGAGGGAGGGAGGGGGCUGCUGUAAGGAGUGAGCCAGCCAGCCAGUGACUGGCGGACAGCUGCUUACUUGUCUGUCCUGUCUAUUUGGGCACACUUCUUUCUUCCCCUUCUUGACCGCGUGUUGUGUUGUGCGUGCAGGUGAAGAAGGCGAACGAGGUGCGGCUGGCCCACAAGGCACUGACAACCGAAAAUGAAGGCGUCAACUUCACUCACAAGGACGGAGGACACAGAGUGCUCGGUGGGUUUGCAGAGAGAGGCUGCCAGGCCAUUCGUUCACAACAGCAGGCACGGCACGGCAUAGAAAGACUGCAGACGAUGAAUGCGGCUGUGUGCCUUGCCAUGCAUGCCAUGGAUAGGCUUUGUGAGAGGCAACAUCCUGUGUGUUGUCAACGCAUCCGACAAACAAUGGGAGGACAAGGUAUGAGGGAGGGAUCGAUGCUAUCCUUACUUACGUCCAUCAUGACCGCCUCACUGCGGAUACAUGUGGUCUGUCUGUCUAUCUAUCUAUCAGGGCUACGGGGUUCAGACUCCUUUCGCCGGCAAGACCGUCACGCACGUCUUCAACAGCCAGGCCGAGGAGUUUGGGGGGUGGGCAGGUUCAUGGACAAGUGACCAGCCCAUCCAGGUGGGAGGCGAUGGCAAAGUGCACUGUACCAUUCCCAAGUGGAGCUGUUUGGCAUUUGAAGCCUCAUGAGGUGCGAGUUGGUGGCCAUAUGCAUGCUCACCUGCGAUUUUCUCGUCGGCUAUUCGGAUGGCAGUUUUGACCUUUAGGCAGCCAGCAAGGGACUAGCUAGUAGGGUGGACCUUCUGUGAUGGAUGCAUCCGUGAUUCAUUCAUUCAUGAUAAAGAAGUUCGCACC